AUGGCUGAUCAUGAAUCGAGAUUCGAGCGUCUGGCCAGACAAGUUGAAAGGAUUGCUCGAAUCGUCGAUUAUGAUGAAGGCGAGAGGCAUAAUGCUCGAGAAAAUAAUGAGGGGAUGGAAAAUAUUUUUCAAAAUAAAAAUCAUAUUCCAAAUCAAAAAAAUCCUCACACAGUUCUUCGACAUGAAAAUGCUGAUGAUGUUUUAAAUGGAUUGCGUAGUGAUCGCUAUCAAGUUACUAGAAUUGUAGAGGAUGUUUUGAAUCGGGUUAGAUUGAAUGUUGGUUUUAUGGAUCAACCACAUUUUGUAUCUGCUUUUCUCCAAGUAGUUCAAAUGGCUGAAGUGUCAAGAGGGGUGAAAAAUCAAAAAAUAACCAUAAAAUUUGCUGGAGAAGUUGGAAAGUCAACUACUAAGCAUGUUGCUCGUUAUUUGGUCGAGAUUGAAAAUCUAGUUAAUGAUGAAAAUUUGAAAAUAAAAUUUUUUUCUUCGUCAUUGACGAAGAAUGCAUUUACUUGGUUUUCGAAUCUUAGACCAAAUUCGAUUACAACAUGGAAUCAGUUAAAAACUGCUUUUCACGCUCAGUUUUAUCGAGGAGAAAUGAACGUAGCAGUUACUGGCUUAGUGGCUUUGAAAUGUGAGAAUGGUGAGAUCAUCGAUGACUAUUUAAUACGUUUCAAAAAUGCUAGAAGUCGAUGCUAUGUUACAUUACCUGAAAGUGAGAUAGUGAAAAUAGCAACCAUGUGUGAGAAGUCGAAUGAUUCAAAACUUAAAAGUGGAAAGAAAUAUAGUUUUGAUAUCUCGAAAUCUGAUCAGAUUUUCGAUGUGUUGCUUAAAGAUAAACAAUUGGUUUUGUCUGAGGGUAGAACUUUGCUUUCCAUAAAAGAUUUAAAAGGAAAGCCUUACUGCAAGUUUCAUCAAGCAACAAGUCAUUCGACUAACAAUUGUGUCCGUUUCAGGGACUUGAUUCAAAAGGCAAUCAUGGAAGGACGUUUGAAAUUUGAUGAUGGCAAGAAGGAGAUGAAGGUCGAUGUAAAUCCCUUCGAAAUUGAUGCCAGUUAUGUGGAACCCUGCUUUGGAGUGAAUACGGUGGGGAAGUCUUAUGAUUUCGAUGUGGCUCUUGACGAUUUCGAGUCAUAA